AUGGCAGACUACGCGUCCAUGAAGGUGCCGGAGCUGAAGAAGCUUCUCACCGAGCGCAAGCUUCCCCUGACCGGAAACAAGGCCGAUUUGAUUGCUCGCCUCCAAGAGGAGGACAGCAAGGCUGCUACCGAUUCUGAAGCCAAGCCAGCUGCCAAGGACGACGAGAUCACGUACAGCGACGACGAAGGCGCGAAGCCCGCCACCGCCGCUCCGGCUACUACCGAGGAGCCUGAGCCUGCUGAUGCUGCUGCUGCCGCGCCCCAGGAAGCCGCCGCGCCCGCUGAGGGCGAAGCCGCCGCUACCACCACCACGACUACCACCGCCGAUGCCGCCGCCGAGCCCGCCGCGCCCGCUCCCUCCUUCGCCAUCGGCCUCUCCUCCACGACCGCUGAGGAGGAGAGCAAGAAGCGCGCCGACCGCGCGAAGCGAUUCGGCAUCGAGGAGGACGACGAGGACGCCAAGAAGCGCGCCGAGCGCAGCAAGCGGUUCGGCCUCGAGGCCAAGGACGUCUCCGGCCUCGACGCCGCCCUGCCCGAGCGCUCCCUAAAGCGCGGCCGCGGCCAGCACCAGGAGGGCAGCCACCAGCGCCCGGGGAAGCGCCAGAGUACAGACCGCAGAGGAGGAAACGACCGUCGCAACGGCGGCGGCGGCGGCGGCGGCCGCAACGAUCGCCAAGCUGGCGGCGCUGGCGGUCGUCGUGGUCAAGCCCAGGCAAGGGGCUCUGGUGUCCUGGGAGAUCCUGCGGAAAAAGCCAAGGCUGAGAAGCGCGCUGCACGGUUUGCUGCUGCUUGA